CUUCUUGGUAUUUGUGAAUAAAAUAAAAAAAAUUAAUUUCAUUUACGUGAGGCUCUCAACUUUCCCAAUUGGUUUUUGUCUCCCAAACUGUUGCAAAUUCCUGGAAAUUUUGAGAGUCUCUGUUGUUUUUUUUUGGGAGAUUAUUUCUUCUUGUUUUCUGGGAAAAUUUGGAUGUGGGUAUUUGCUAAUCUUGAUUUUUUUGGGGGUUCUUGAGGAUAAAAAAAAAUGCUUUUUUAGUGAACCCCGUCAAGGAAAUUGAGGUUUUUUAUCUUCCCAUUUGGUUGUUUUUGCAUAUUUUGUGUAUUUGGGGGUGGAAAGUUUCAUUCUUGGUAAAUUUUCCUGGAAAAUAUUUGGUGAUAUUUGAUAUUUUUCUGGGAAAAUUUGGUGGGGUUAUUGAGGAAUCUUGAAAUAGUUGGAGGAUUUGUGACAUUUACAAUCAAGAAAAGGUGAUCAAAGAUUUGAUUUUUAUGGGUUUUUCAUAAGCUCAGAACGAUAUCCGAAAACUAUGAGAUUUUUGAGCCUUGUGGGAAAUUCAUUUGGAUGCUCUGCGUCAGGCGAGCGGUUAGUUUCUGCUGCUAGAGAUGGAGAUAUCCAGGAAGCUAAGGCUUUACUGGAUUAUAAUCCUCGGUUAGUGAGGUAUUCGACUUUUGGUGUUCGAAAUUCACCUCUCCAUUAUUCAGCUGCCCAAGGACAUCAUGAGAUUGUUAGUCUCUUGCUUGAGUCUGGAGUUGACAUCAAUCUCAGAAACUACCGUGGACAGACUGCUUUGAUGCAAGCAUGUCAGUAUGGUCACUGGGAGGUCGUUCAGAUUCUCAUUCUUUUCAUGGCCAAUAUUCAUAAGGCUGAUUAUCUCAAUGGAGGUACAGCACUUCAUUUAGCUGCUCUAAAUGGACAUUCUCGAUGUAUACGGCUUCUCCUUGCUGAUUAUAUUCCCAGCAUCCCUAAUUUCUGUAAUGUCAUGAGAAAGAGAUCAAGAAACGAAGACUCUAUCCAGGAAUUCGAUGACUUUGCACUACAUGAGGUGAUCAAUAGACCUGCUGAUGGUGGCAUUACCGCCCUUCAUAUGGCAGCGCUGAAUGGCCAUGUGGAAAGUCUGCAGCUACUCUUGGACUUGGGAGCUUCGGUCACCAAGGUUACUGUGGAAGAUGGGACUACAAUCGAUUUGAUAGGUGCAGGAAGUACACCGCUUCAUUAUGCUGCAUGUGGUGGGAAUGCUCAGUGUUGCCAGCUUUUAAUUGCCAGGGGUGCCAGUCUCAAUGCAGAAAAUGUGAAUGGGUGGACAUCCUUGAUGGUUGCUCGAUCAUGGCAUAGAGAUGGGCUGGAGGAGAUUUUAAGUACUCGUCCAGAAAAACAACCACGUCCCCUUCCUUCACCAUUCUUAUGCCUCCCUCUUAUGAGUAUAGUGAAGAUUGCUAGAGAAUGUGGAUGGAGAACAAUUGAUUCCCCGUCAUCAACUUGUUUAGACCCUUGUGUUGUUUGUCUUGAAAGAAAGUGUACAGUUGCUGCAGAAGGUUGUUUUCAUGAGUUCUGCACGCGCUGUGCAUUGUACCUGUGUUCCACCAGUAGCACCUCAACCGCGGCCCAUGGCCCUCCAGGUUCGAUUCCUUGCCCUUUAUGUCGACACGGCAUUGUUUCAUUCGUUAAGCUGGCGGAUACGAUGCCAAUCAUCAAGGAAGCAGCGCGAACGAGUCUAUCGUUGCCUUUUUGUUCCUGUACAGCUGAUGGACAAGAACCAACUUCAUUAGAAACACCUUUAUGCAAGCCUGAUUUAUAUUGCUCCCGACUCUCCCCUCUCGGCUCUUCCUUCCGGUCGUUAAGCUGCCAAAAGUUCCCGGCAUUGAAAUUCAGCCCAGGCCUUUGUAUGGGAACGCCAGACACGAGUCCAUCUUUAGUUCCAAGAACCGGUGAACGAGAACAUCUGACUCGAUGCUCACGACCUAUCUUUAGGCGAUCAACGUCAAACGUCGAAGCUAGAAGAUGGUUAUGUUCCUUCAGCCAAUCUGUAGAAACUGGAAGCAGUUUCUGAAGGGUGCAUGAAUUAGGUCCUAUGCCUAUUUCAACUAUUAAUUUACAGAGAAAUCCUACAGGUUUUCCUCUUUAUUUUGUUCCCUUUUUUAAAAAAUUUUUUUGGUUCCCAUUUCUUCAAAAGAACUUUUGUUUGUAUACCUCUUUGAGUCUUAUCCACUAAAAUGUAAUUGAAAUAUGAAGUUUGGCCUGUAUAUAAUAAGUAACAUAUGUUAUAUAAGUGAAAUGGAAAAAGAAUCCUGGGCUGGUAUUUAUUGAGUUUUC